UACAAGCGUACCGACGACUCCCCCGAAGGGUUACGCAAACAGGCACUGCUGCGUAAGAUGUGGACUAGUCGACUGAAACAGUGCCAACGCACAGUGGAUGUGUGGCAACGCAUACUACAAGUACGCCUGCUGGUCAUACCCAGGCAGCAGGACGUGGACAUAUGGCUCAAGUUCAGCUCACUCUGCAGGAAGGUGCGUACGGAUGUUCUGUAA